AUGAUAAUGACGACACCAAAUGAAUUUCUUCAAUUUGCUAAAGAAAUGGGCCUUGGAAGAAUAAAAUCUACAUCACCGUCAUCAUCAUCAACACCCUUAAUGCCGCAUAAUAAUAGCUAUACAACAGUAGGAUUAUCUGUGCUUAAUAAUUUAUGUCGUCUUAUUGAACAAGUUCAUGAUUUAAAAUCUGAAAAUAAUCAAUUACGUGCUAAUCUUGAAUUAGUUGAACAUGUUCAACAAUAUCAAAAACGUUUUAUCUUGAAAAAUAGUCAGGAUAAGAAAAAGGAAAAAAAUGAACCAAUUAUUUCUUCCACAUUUAUUCAUGACGAGGAAAAAUCUGACACAUUAUCACCAACAAGUUCAUUGAAAUAUAAAUCUUCUCUAUUGCGUCGAGAGCUAAAAGGCACAAAUUCGAUUAAUAACCAAGAAGAUUCAUUAUCCGUAUCACACAUCGAUCAAAAUCAAUGCGAACCAGCCGAUAGUCAUUCAGCUGUGUCAUCUGGGCCAAAUCGAAAUAAUUGGAGUAAAGUUCGGCAUGCUUUAAAAUUUACUCUUCGUCGAAAACACGGUGGUGUACCUGCCAGUGCUCCUGCAACAAAUUCAGAACGACAAAUCCCAACCAUUAGUAUAUCCGUAGAAAGUGAUGAUGAUCAUUUGCAAGACAAUAAACCUACAUCGAAGAAGAAGAAAAUCAUAUCAACAACAACUGAUAAUCGCCAAAUAAUUACUGGUGAUGAUACUGAUCAAGAAGAUGAGUCAAUACAAUGUGUUGGUGCGUAUCAUAAACGAAAUCUUGAUGUCAAUGAAAUAUCAAACUCUGCAAGUAUUGAACGGCAGGAAACAUCAUCAACAAAUACACCUUUUACCAAUUUAAGUAUGGGCGAUGAAGCUUUAUUAACACGAAAACCAUCCAAAAUCGCUCGUUAUCGACGUAAAAUUCAUUCAAAACUUGUCAAUGUAAAAAAACAGUUUAGCGAUCAAAACAUGUCGUCAUCAUCCAUGCGUCGUUUUCAUACUUCGCAUACAUCAAUAUUUGAUGAAAUUGGCUCCGGCUUGAAUCGUGCAUUAUUAACCGUACAAUUAGCACCAGCCCUAACAAAAUCCUAUCAACAAAAGAUGCGUGAAUGGGAAACUAUGCAAAAAAGUCAAUUUCUCGUGAAUUAUCGUCGGCAAUCAAUCAUACCUAAAAUAGAUUCAACAAGUAGUUCUCGAAAGACUUCACUAAUACAAGUAGUUAAUGGCACGUCUGACAACACACUAGAUUUACCGACAACUAGUGAUACUGGUUCAUCGAUAGUAGAUGAAUUAAAUCUUGAACUUCAAACAAAUUCAAUAACAUUAGGCCCAAUACUUUCACCUAAUCAACGAUCGCUUAUAGUUCAUCAAUGGCGUGAAAUAAUGUUAGAAGAAAUUUCCCUUCGUCACUACAAUGAGUAUCUACAGAAAAAAAUGACUUCAUUAAAAGAACUUGAAACAAAUUUAAAAACGCUAAAAACAAAUAUUUUUUGUACUAAUAAUUUAAUUCAACGACAAACAACAGUCAACAUGGAAAAACGUAGACAAUGUCAGCAAUCACAUUUGCCACCACGUUGUCGUUCGCUGCAAUCAUUAGUAGAAAUGCCUGCAUCAUGGAUAUUAGCUGUGCAAAGCGCUGCUUAUUCCGAUGUUUUAGAUGGAACAUCGAAUAGAGCAACAGAACGAGCCAUUCUAAUCAAUAACGAUUUCUUUGAUCAACUUGAACAUUUCAAAAGAGACCGACGCGAAUUUCAAGAAGAUACUAUUAAUGAUUUACAAUCACUAAAUUGUUCAACAAUAGCAAAUACAAAAGCUAUUGAAGAUAAAACUCGAUCGAAACGAAUUCAUAUCCGACGUAUUAUUACUCGAGGUUCAUUACGUAAAUUAUCUCUUGUAUCAUUUUCUGAAUUUCCUCAAUAUUUUCUACCUGAUCCAGUAUUACUCUUUCAAACCAUUGCGCCAUCAGUAGGAACAGCAUCGAAUGAUACUGAUUUAAAUAAUAAAUCAUUAACAAAUGAUUUAAAUAAUAAUUCGAAACGUUCAAGUUUUGAUAUUAAAAAGACUUUUCAACAUAGUAAAAGUGCGUGUAUCAAUCAAAUUAAUUCAUGGUUUCAACGCCAUCGACAACAACAGCAGCAACCGCAAAAUUCAUCAAAAACAGAACAAAAAUCAUCUAUAGAUACGAAAGUUAAACCACCGUAUUUAAGACCAACACUAUUCGGUUCGCCACGGUUAACUCGUUUUCGUGAACGUUUAUUUCAUCAACAUUGUCAAAAUUUACCAGAGCUGAAUCAUAAUCCAAUACCAUUAGACCUAGCCGAUGAUUCGGAUAAUCGAUCUCAAUAUGAUGUGCCAGUUCGAAUUUAUUUUCCACGAUUAGCAACUUCAAUAUCUCGCCAUGUACGCAUAACUGAUGCUGAUAUAUUAACGUCAACAAAUGAAAUGAAUACUGAGCAAUCAUUUAAUUUGACAACGCCGACUUCACAUCGAGAAGAUCCAUUAAAGCCAAGAACAGCAAAAGAAAAACGAGAAAGUUUUGCUACAUUAUCCAACGCUUCUAAUAAUAAUAAUAAAUGUUUAUAA